AUGCAACAUUCAAGCAUCGCCGCCGCGUCACAAUCUUCUCGCGGCGGCGAUUCCGCCGAUAGCUCUGAUAUCAAACGAGCAAAGAAACGUGGUAGUUAUAACUGUGGCCGUUGUGGUCUUCCCAAAAAGGGACAUAACUGUAAUAUCAAAACCCCUAUAUCCGCCACCACCACGCCUGCCGAUUCGUCUUUAUCUGUCGUUUCUGUACCUUCGUCGGCUGUAUCGGCCUUCCGUCAGCCGACUUCGAACCUUCGUCGUGCUCUUUCGUUUGACGGUCUUGAGGAUCGAGCCAGCGGACUCGAUCUUUUGCGGUUGGACGAUAGGGCGGAUGCGGAUUCGUUUGUAGAGCCGGAUCUGGAAUCCGAUCUGGAUCUGGAUGUGGAUUUUGACUCGUCCGGGUUGCCGACGAGUAUAAGGUGGGAUGUGUUAAGGAGGUUGCCGCCGGCGGGAUUGUUAUCUGCGGCAAAGGUGUGUAAGGGAUGGAGAGAGACGGCGAGGAAACUGUGGAGAGCGACUGAGGAGUUGAAGCUUAGGGUUCCGGCGAAAGUUCACGUUGGAUUUGUAGCGUCGAUGCUACAGAAAUGUCCUGGGAUCGUUAGGCUUUCUCUUAGGAUGGAAAGUGAUUUUGAUUCUACAAUGCUGGCUUGCAUUGCAUUUUCAUGCCCUAAUUUGGAGUCUAUGGAGAUCUCGAUAUUUGACACUGCAACCAAUCGGAUCAAUGGGGAUGAAUUGGGCCGAUUUGUUGCGGACAAAAGAAACCUCAAAUGCCUCAAGAUGGAAGGUUGUUCUAAUCUAGGGGGUUCUGUCAUUUGUUCAUCUAGUUUGUCUACGCUUUGGCUAUCAGAUCUGCACUCUCUAUCUAAGAUGAUAUUUAACUGUCCCCAGUUGAGAGAGAUUUCAUUGGAAUUUUCUUGCCAAGAAAAUGAUAGCACUGAUCUCAUAGCUAUGAUUGAAGGAUUCGGAAGAAGCUGCUUGAAAUUACAAAACAUACACAUAGCUUCAAUGCGGCUUUCUCAUGCUGCUGUGCUUGCUCUUACAGCUGCUCAAUUGAGGGGGCUCCGUAUGCUUUCUCUUGUUCUUGGAUCUGAAUUAACUGAUGCAUCUGUUGCUGCAAUUGCCUCAAGCUACCCAAAUCUAGAAUUGCUUGACCUUAGUGGAUCUGGCAUAAGUGACAGCGGCAUUGGAAUGAUUUGUAAUGUAUUCCCUGAAACACUUAAAAGACUUCUCCUUGCUCUUUGCCCUAAUGUGACCUCAAGUGGCAUUCAAUUUGCUACAGCUCAAUUACCUCUUCUUGAACUUAUGGACUGUGGCAUGACCAUAUGUGAUCCUAAUUUCCCAGAUCCAACUGCUGAUGGAAAUGACUGCGAAUCACAGAAAACAUCCACCACAAAUCUACAACAUAUAAACCAAAAGCUAAUCAUCAAACAUAGCCGUUUAAAGAAACUCAGUUUGUGGGGUUGCACUGGCUUGGAUGCUCUAUACUUAAACUGCCCAGAGCUCAUCGAUCUGAAUUUGAAUUCUUGUAGAAAUCUGAUUUCUGAGAGGCUGUUGCUUCAGUGCCCCACUUUAGAAAAUGUUCAUGCAUCAGGUUGUCAGGAUAUGUUAGUUGGAGCAAUUCAAAGUCAGGUCCACAAUGCUUUUCCCGCUGUAGAUAACCAUUCGCCUUCUAAACGUCUACCUGAUGGCUCCAAAAGGGUCCGGGUUCCUUAUUUACUCACUGGAGAGUCCCCUGAACCUGAUAAAAAGCAAAGGAGGAUCGAGAGACUUCCAUGUAAUGUGCUUGUGGACUGA